AUGUCAGAUCCAACUGAUCAAAAAACAACAACUACAACAACCAGUAAUGCAGCAGCACCUACUGAUACAACAACCACAACAAAUGAUCUUACAAUGAACGAUCUCGAAAGCAAUAAUGAUAAUGAUUCAAUCCCAUCAACCUCUACUUUGUUUCCUGAUAUCGUUCCUACCGUCACACGCCCAGACUCAAUCCCGUCGGAUGUAUUCCAAGCAACCCUGAUCGCAUCCAAGACUCCGAUCUCUUCCUCUAUCGUACCUGAUAGUGAUAUUGAUCUAGAAGAGGAUUCAGAUGAAUACUCAUAUGAAGAAGAUUAUCCAGUACCAAAGAAAGAAUUAAAGAAUAAGUCAACUAUUUAUGAAGAAAAAGGUCUCAUUGAAUUCCUUGUUAAAUGUAUCUAUGGCGUAGUCUGGGAUGUCGAUGAACCAGUAAUUUUCCUCGUCUCUAUCGGUGUUGAUUAUCUCUUCGGUCACACGAGAGUACAUUUUGAUAUCGUCAAUGAACAUAAGGUGGGACAGUUGGGUGAUACUUAUUAUUGGCGCUUUAUAUCCGACUGGGUUUAUGGUAAGGCAGGACAAAAAGGGACAGAGAGCAUCACCUUGGAAGAUUCCAUUGUUGGAUAUGUCAGCUCCUUCGAUUUCAAACUUGGUCUCUUUGAUGUUCUUGAAAUGGUUGCUAUCUUUCACUCUCUGUAUCCAUUCAAGCUCGUCGUAGUUGGUUGCUUCCGUAGAUGUUGGGUUCCAGUUGGCUCCAGAACUCAAAUUCUCUCGUUGUUGUAUUUUACUUCUCUACAGCACCGUUACUAUGCAUGUCAUUCUACAGCACUAUCACUAUAUCACCGUUACUGUGCAUGUUAUUCUACAGCUCCAUCAUUUUACAGAGUUUUAAUUUGA